GAUGUUUGUGUGUGACGAUAGGUGACAGUUGUGUGUGUUUGUGUCUUAGUGCAUCUCAGUUCUUUUCCUUUAAUAGACGGAAAAUAGGAUGCUCAAGCUUCUUUAUGUUUAAGUUGCAAUAACUUUCUCUGUGGGGAAAAAAUCAAUUCAGGUUUAAAACAAAGCUCAGACCAUCAGGCAGCUACAGAGGAUCAUGGCAUUUACAGGGAUGCUGAGCGACGAGGACAUCAAGGCUGCAGUCCAGGCUUGUCAAACUCCGGGGACAUUCGACUUCAAGUCCUUCUUUGCACGAGUGGGACUGACUGGCUCAUCUGAGGCAGAUGGGAAAAAAGUGUUUACAGUUCUGGACCAAGACAGGAGUGGAUACAUUGAAGAGGCGGAGCUCAAACUGUUCCUUCAGAAUUUCUCUCCGGGGGCGAGAGAGCUGACUGUGGCUGAGACCAAGGCUCUGAUGGCAGCAGGAGAUAAGGACGGUGAUGGCAAGAUUGGGAUGGAAGAGUUCUGUGAUAUCCUGAAAUAAAGAGAAUAAACGCAACGUGUUCACGACCGUCUUUCCCCUAUUUUAAAUAAUGGGUUUCUUAUGGAAAUACUGACUUUCCAGACUGUUUGACACAAAAAGACCAGAAUCCUCAGAUAAAUCUGUACCUGCCUGCUGCUCUUCCUGUUGAUGUGAUACAAUAAUGCAUAAAAUGUUUGGUGGACCAGCUGGAUAUUAGUUUGUGUUUGUGUGUUUAAUUAAUAAGGUAUCUGGAAUGGAUUAAUAAAUGUA